AUGGCGUUCCUUAUGCCGGUAGCGUCGCCCUGCCAAAGCGCUGUUGCGCGUACCUUGUACCGUGCCUGGCCUAGCGGGCAGGGUGCCUCGCACCUCGAGGAGCGCGGUAGGAACGCGAAGAUGGUGGCGCGUGCGGUGCGGUACGCGGGUGGGUGGCUUCGCGACGUGGCUGUUCCCCUGCGCGAGGGGCGGCGCGUUGGCCGCAGCCCACCGUGCGAAGCGUUUGACUUACGGGCAACUACAUCUUCCCAAGCAGGCGCUUCCAGUGAGAAGUGGAGAUUUCCUAUUUGGCCAGAAUGGAAUGAAGCAGAUAUCAAUGCAGAAAAAUGGGACACUGGAAAAGUUGGAAAAGAGAAAGAAAAAACUGGAAAAAGUCCUGUUUCAUAUGUCUUUGAGGAUCCUGAAGGGAAAAUAGAAUUGCCAGCAUCCUUAAAAGUGCAUUCUUGGAAACGUCCACAUGAGUUUUUAAUAAAUGAGAUUCCUGUGGUUGUCAAAAAUGAAGCCUCAUUUGACCUUUUUUCAGCAAAUGAGCAUCUAUUUUGUAGUGAGCUGAUGAGAUGGAUUAUAAGUGAAAUUUAUGCAGUCUGGAGGAUAUAUAAUGAAAAGGCCUUAACUAAUGGAACAUCCACCCUUUUUUGGAAACCAUGGGAACACAUUUAUGCCUUAUGUAAAGCUACCAGGGGACACAUGCCACUAUACAAUAGCUAUGGAAAAUAUGUAGUGAAACUUUAUUGGAUGGGGUGCUGGAGAAAGAUCAUUGUGGAUGACACUAUGCCUUUCAGUGAAGAGGAUAAUUUGUUACUGCCAGCUACAACCUGUCAAAUUGAACUUUGGCCAAUGUUGCUGUCCAAAGCUAUCAUUAAGCUGGCAAAUACUAGUAUAUAUGAAAUUGGAAGAAGAGAGUUGGAGGAAUUUACAGUUCUACAAACACUGACUGGAUGGAUACCAGAAGUUAUUCCUCUCCAGCCUGGAUACUUGGACAAAGUCUGGGGCUUUUUGAAAGAGAUUGUGCCAGAAUUCAAGUUGCCAAAUGAGAAAACUCCAGAACUUGAUAUUCCUCAGUCAGAUAAAAAACUUAAAGAGACCAAAGUCUCAGAGUUAAAAAAUGAAGUUUCAUCUGUGAGUAAGCAGUCAGAUAAGCCUGAGAAAGGAGAGAAAGCUGAUAAAAUUGGCAAAGAAAAAGCAGAGCAGAGAGAAAUCAGAAAGAAGAAAAGCAGAGAAGGAGAAAAAGAUAAAAACAAGUUCCCAGUUCAGUCUUCGCAAAUGUUGGCAGAAGCCCAGUGUUCUCUUCAAGCCUUAACUGAAAAAUCUUCUGUGCCAACCCAGCCAGAAAUGGCCGUGUAUGCUGGCUGUAUACCACUACAUUUGUUUGAAGAGGACAUUUUUUCGUUAGGGCAGAUGGCUGAUUCUUCAGAGAAGCUGAGGCAAUAUGGGCUCUCCCACAUAUAUAGUCAUCCUGUCCUGAUUACCAGAACUAGGUCCUGUCCUCUGGUAGCCCUACCACAGCCACCACCAGUUCCUCGUUGGAAGCUUUUCCGUCAGAAAAAGGAAACUGUUGUGACAUCUGAACCUCAAGAGCCUGUGCUAAAGAAACCUGAAGAACAUGUUGAGAUUGCUAGUCUAUUUUUGAAUUACAAAUUGAAUCUUAUCCCGAUACCCACAGACAUCCACUUUCCACAGUCUACCAUCAAAAAAGGAUUUCGUUCCAUAUCCUGUGUCCCUUCUGUUACUGAAAGUGAUGAAAAUGUAAGUGACAGUAAUGUGGAUAUGAAUCAAAGUGGGAGACACUCAAAUGCAGAAGAUUAUUCUCAGGCCUUCCGGCUGCCAGCUGUUAAUACCAACAAAGUACGGUAUAUGGUAUACUAUGGUAUAGUAAGCUGGCGCAUGUCUGUACUAGAAGCAUGGAUCAUGUGUACUGCCCACGAACAGAGACCACCCUCCUUUGGCAGCAAAAUGCAGAAGUACCCAGUAAAGAUACUGGAUCUGAUGGAAGUUGUUUGCGGAGAAUUACAUGAGGCUAACAGUUCUGAUGCAAAACGAAUGUCAGAAACGGCUGAUACUGGUAUGAACAGCCAGGCGGGGGAUAAGUCAAAGGAAGACAUUGAGUCAGAAAGGACUUCUGUGGCCAGGGAAACCUGGAUUAGCUUUGAAGACUUCUGUGUUUGUUUCCAGAACCUGUAUGUUUUCCACAAGCCACAUACAUAUGCUUAUAACUAUCAGAAGACAGAUUUUAAGUCUACUGAUGAACGAGUCUUCUAUUAUCUACUUGUGGACAGUCUGAUGCCCAUUGAAAUCCUGGUUAGCUUUUCUGCAUUAGUACACUGGGAUGAUACUGGAGGUACUAAACAAGAAUGUUCUAGUAUUUCAAAAGGUGUGCUGAUGGUUGAACAUUUCUCUUGGAAAUGUGUGACUCCUGGAGAACUUGUGUUAAAGAUGCAUACAUCUGCAACUAAAGCUACUGUGUUAAAUCUUCCUGUUGGGCGACACAUAUUGCUCUUCACAGUAAGUUCUCCCGUAGGGCACCAUAUUCAUCUGUGUAGCAUGGUGCCAUGUGUCUUUGGAGAAGAGGAUACUGUGAUGCCAGGUCUUGAAAAGGAGAGCUACCGGUUUAUAGAACAGGCUACAGCUAUCCUGAAAGCUGUUGGAAAUGUGAUAAAUAAUUUCAGCAGUAAGCCUGAACUUUCUAAAGCCUUGAAGGAGUUGGAACUAACUCACUGUCCUCCUGGCCUCCAUGGCACUGGAAUGGCUGAAGAACACUUCAAGGUUUUCAAUAGUGCAUUUUGGUAUUUGAUCAAAUAUGUAUUAGGCAAGAAGGCUCCUUACAGCUAUAAAUUUGCCUUCAGGUCCUUCACUUUGGAUUUUAAAGACACUGAGGUUUCUGAAGAUGACACUGUGUCUUCAGAGAGCUGUGAGAAGAAUUCCCUUAGUCGUUGGCAGAACCAAACUCCCACUUCUGAAGAAGAAGCAGCAGCUCUUAAGCUUCAAGCCAUCUGGAGAGGGACCUAUGUUAGGAAAGUACUGAACAGCAGAAAACCCGGUGCUAAAGAAAACGCUGAUGUCAAAGAAACCUUACAAAAAUUGUGGUCUGCGAUUGAGUUAAAUUUUGAACAGUGUGCUGUAAUGCUGUUAAGAGAAAUGUUUAAAAGAAACUGUAAAUCGAUUGAAAAGUUUCCUUGUUAUGAGGAUGAAUGGUGUAAGAUCUCUUUUGCUGACUAUGCUGUAACGUAUGCUGAUCAGCCACCAAAUGUGUGGUUUGUGGUUUUCAGAGAAAUAUUUCUUGUUCCAGAAGACAUGCUUGUAGUGCCAAAGGUGUAUACCACUAUCCCUUCCUGUAGACUUCACGUGGUUGAUAAUGACACACUGGAGGAAAUGCCACAUGUCUUUUUCAAAGUGGCACCUCAUGUUUAUCCCAAAAAUAAGAAAGGAUACACAUUCAUGGCUGAAGCAUGUACUGGUGACCUUCCUGUGGCAGCUGGAAGAUGGAGGCUCCGGCUCAUCGGUUCUCAUAAUCCACUCCCAUUCCUCUCUCGUGAGGCCGUAAAUAACGUCUAUUCUACUAAAGAAAUUAAGGACUAUUACAUACCCAAUGACAGACAUGUAAUGUUCAGGUAUUCAGUAAAAGUCACAGCAUCACAUAUUGCUACAGUGCAGGUACAAACCUCUAAAUCAGAUGUGUUCAUUAAACUGCAAGUUCUAGAUAAUGAGGAAGAAAUUGUGAAUGUCACUGGGAAGGGCCAUGCAGUCAUCCCUGCUUUUAAUUUCUUGAGUAAUGAAACACUUCUGAGUUCCCCCUCAAACAAAGCCCAGAUUAUUCAAAGUAGUACAAAGAAGGAAUUGGAAACUGGAGGAUCAAAAAAAAAAGGUCCUAUUUCAUCUUCAAAGGACACCAAAACUUCUUUCAAGCCAGGACCUGUACGAGAAGGUCCACCCGUAUUAGAAGAUGAAUCUUUCCUCUUGGAAAACUUUCAAAAUAAUGCUGGAAGUCCACAACAACCUCACAAGUAUAUCAUACAGGCAUUGGUGUUAUAUAAUAGUUGGCCACUUACUGAGAGCCAGUCUCUGUUUGUCCAGGAACUGAAAGAAAUGGAGAAAAAUGAAAUCAAAGUACACGGAGAAAAGCACGAGGAGCACAGCUUUCCCCCAGUGCUCAAUGAUUUUGAAGGACAAAAGUCUGCAAGUAUUCCUAAACCAACCAGAAAAUCAAAAGAGAAAGCAUCGGAGAAGACAGAAAAAGAGAAGUCCAGUAAAGAAAGAGGAUCACUUGUAUCUCUUGCAUCUCGACCUGAAUCGCAGCAAGCUGCUUCAAACAAACCGUACUGGACUUUACGUCUAGUUAGUGAACAGAGAGAGGCAGACAUUCUGGAAGUGAAGAAAGACACCCAGCGAGCAGAUGAGAUCAAAGCCAUGAAACAGGCAUGGGAGUCUGCAGAGCCGGGAAGAGCUAUCAAGGCUUUUCAAGAACGCAUGCGGUUUAUCAAUAAGUAUGUUGUGAGAGAUUCAGAGGAGCCCAUAGCUGGGACUGAGACUGCCAGUUUAACACCUAGUUCAGGAGAAAGAGAUUCUUUUACCACGGGAAAGAAAGCAUCACAAGCAGCUAUUCACUCAAGCUUACAAACACAGCAAAAAAAAUGGGAGCCUAUAGACCUUGGUCCUUACAUGAGAAAAACAAUGUCUGAGUCUGCAUUAAGAAAUGAGUCCAUCAUUCAACAGCAGGAGAUAUGUAAAGCAGAAAAAAUUAACCAUUUCAGGGAACUUCGAGAGCUGGCUUUGGAACAAAGAGAAAAAGAACAAAAUGCCAGAGCUUUAUUGAAGCAAAAUAUACUUGAAAUGUAUGAGAAUCUGCAGGCAUCCUUAGAUGAAACACGAGGCAGAGUUCACAGCAUUCGGGAAGCAUACAGAAGUAAGCUGCUAGAGGCUGAGCGCAUAAAACAAGAAGAGUUGGCAGCUCAUGAAGCAGUCCUGCAAGCAGAGCAAGAGAGGAAAAGCUCAACUGCACACAAAAAAAAGCAUGGAAAAGGUUUAGGGAAAAAAAAGUAA